UGGCGAAAGAUAACUUAUGAACAUAUAUAAGGAAUUCAACACCAACGGAAGAUAUUCUGAGGUCUAUGCCUAGGUGAUAGUCAGAAGCCAGAUGCCUGGAUGUCUGCAGUCUUGAAUAAAUUACAAAAUGGAUGAGUUAUCCAGAAUAUCUACGGCUCACUGCUCAAAGAUUUUUGUACACAGGGAUUUUUCAGAGGGAACGUCAGUUAGAUUUCAGACGAAAUUCCCCCAAGAUCUAGAUGGAAGGAUUGACAGAGCGGCCUUUGAUCGAACAGUCAGCAGAAUCAAUGAGAUCUUUGUAAAGGCAGAAAGUUUGGGGGGCAGAACAUAUUGUGAGAGUUGCAUGGCCUGUCUGACUGCCUACCUGUCGUAUCUAUGUGUGGAUACAUAUUAUGAGAAGUGCUUGAAAGAGAUUUCCCGAUUUAUAGAAGAGCAGAACAAGACAGUGUAUGUUCCGAGAGGCUUGAUGCUUGUAGACCCUGUGGAGAGAGGCCUCAGAGUUCUGGAGAUCUGUGUACUACAGGAUCAAGGCCCAAGGUGAUCAGCUGGCUUCCAUCAUACCUGGACACAGUUUUAGCAUUUACUGGACAGUGGUCAGUUUGAGGCGUUGGUCAAUUUGAGGCAUUCGCUUAUUACAUUGUCAUAUCACUUUGUUUUAAAGAGUAAACUAUUUGUGAAAUUCAUAGAUCAGUGAAAUAUUUUUUUUAUUUAUGACUAGACCGGGAGAGUGACAGUAGUUGUUCUGCCCAUCAACAUUGCUAAGUUUAUGUGAUGAGAGGAGGCAUAUAUUGGUGUUCUGUAGUCCGUUCUGAAUUGUUGUUUGACCUAAAUGUUACAUGAAUAAUUGUACAUGAAUAUUCAUCAUUUCUUUUGCCAGCAUUGUUUCGAAGAUUCUUUACCCACUGUAAGUAAUUUCCACUUCAUUAAUAUGAAAGAGUUCCCACCUAGGUUAGCAUUGAUAGGCCAAUCACAUCGCUGAUUGUAUUACUGUAUAUGAACUAUAUACCUUCCUGUCCAGAGAGAUUCUUGUGCGAUAUUUUUGUCAAUCUCAUAAUCAAAAUUCAGAAGUAAGAACUAAAUUAUAGGCAUUUGAUUACUUACUGGUGAUUAUGGCAGGGCCCUGGCUGGCAAAUUUAUCUGAGGGGUUCUCUCAAAAGACAACUAGCCGUUUGAAAAUCAGGUUCUAAUCUAGGAGCUAGAUCAUCUGUAGAUUUAUAUGAGGUACAUGUACCUGGUAAGGUGUAGUAGUUUCUUCUGGACAGCACAUGCUGUGCUCCACUGGUAAACCUGACUGCGAACAUAACACCAGUGCUGAAAUAUAACACCAUUGAAAUAAAAGAGAUUUAGAGCACGACGUCUCCAUCUGCAUCUGCAUCUGCAUCGUACUGCAUCAUAUGUGUACAAUGUAAAUAUGUGACAGUAAACAUGACACUGCAGAAAGCAUUUCAGUGGUUGAGCUAAUAUAACAUGGAGUCUACCUGUUAGAGACCUGGUAGCUAUGACGAGAUUUUCACAGGUGCAUUUCUGUAGAUGAGUGAAGGAAAGGGAAUAAUCAGCUUCAGCAAUUCAGCUAUUUCACAUGUAUUUAAUUUUCUUAACUGCAUGAAUUUUUCUCACUGAAUAUCCAUAUGCAUAAUAUGAUAUGCUCUUCCGGUAGUACAAUAUGAAAUGCUCUAUUUUAACAUUCUUUUUGUAAAAUUCUUAGUGUAAAAUUAUACUUCAGAAGUAACUAUAUAGCUGUUCAUCUGAAGUUUUAUUGACAAAUAUACUACACUCAGAUUUCCUGUAUACAUGUGUAUUUAAUAUAUGUACUAUGUUUAACAUUCUAAUAAUCUAAUAAGUGUCACAAUGAAUUUGAACUUAACAGUUACAUAUAAAUCUGUCAGACUUCAGUGUUGAAUACAUGCAAAAAAAAAAAUCAUCUAACAUUUACAACACUUACUAAUAUAUUGUGUUCUUAAUUUCAGUCUUCUGUACUUCCAGGAUCAUAUAUAAACAUUUAUUGUGCAUUAUAUCAUGUUUACUGCCUUGAGCUGACUUAAAUUUACAGUUUGUCAGUUUUUGAAAAAUAAAAUUGUGUGCUAGGAUCCACGUGGACACUACAUGUAGUUUUGAGUUGCUAAAUAUUGCUAUCAAUAUUAACACAGCUUUACACCAUUAUUAUGCUAUCAAUAUUGCAGAUGUUGGAUUCCCAAAAUUUUCUGUGUGAGACAAAAUUUGGUGUGUAGCAUUUCACCCAUGCAUUUCAGUUAGUUUUUGAUUCUUGAGAGAGUUUUGACUUCUAUAAUUGAAUUUAAGAAUGUUUGAGCAGUCUAUAAUGCAGAUUUUUGGCAAAAAAUGUAUAUUCACUAUUGAAUCAAUUUUAUCAAGAAUAGCUUAAAAUAUUGCCUUUCAGUAAAUAUCAGUCAUGUACCUGUGCAAACCUCUUUUGAGGACUUUCUCACCCGUUUUGAAUGGUAACAUGUGCACAGAUGCAGCUGAUAUUAUGUGAGAGUUAAGGUUUUGGUCUAUUCAGAAACAAUAGCAAAAAGUAGAUUGGAUUUGUGCUGAUUAAUAUUUUGCUCAAAAUCUCCCCAAUAGCUUUUUUAUUAAGUUUUGAUGAAUCACUCAAGAGGUAUUUGUCAUUGAUUUUUAUACACACUCCAGUAUGUAUAUGUUUUGACGCCAAAUGAAUUAUUAAUGGUGACACACUAUUCUGAGUACUGAUAUUUUCAUUGGUAUGGGAUCAUAUUUUUUUAAAAUUAAGAAUCUCCCCAGAACCUUGAUGACUUCUGCUGACAUUAUUGAAGGUCAGUCAACUCAAAUGUAUUUGUUUAGAAUUUAUGAUCCUGAAAUGUUGGGAAAGCUUUAUAGUUACUCUGUCAUAAAGAAAUAUUAAACUGCUGUACAUAUUUUUUUGUUAUUUCUCCAUCAUAUAGAAGUGAUGUAAAAAACAAAUGUAUUUCAGAUUCGUCUCUUAGUCUGAGCAAAAUUUAUCCGUGCAGUCAGGUUUGACUCUGUAGCAGAUGUUUAUUUAUACAUGUAUAUUUGAAUAUUUUAUUGGAUUAUUUAGUGCAGCACAGAUGUCAGUGGAGAGAUGUCAUUUGUUUUUUGUGAUCUGCAGGAAAUAUGUUAGCAAUAGUCAUAUUGCUUUUAAUGUUAAGAAACAUGUUUGUCAACAUACGUGGCUACCUGCAUAUACCUAUGUAGUACGUUUUAGGUUGUAGAGCUGACUGGCAACCUCCAUGGACUUGCAGAAGAACUUUGCUUUUUUUUCUGGCCAGUUAUAUGUAUACCUGUUCCAGCUUCGUAUAUGUGUUCAAGCUGUAUAGCAUUGUUGCUAUACAGUAUAUUAAAGGCCAGCAAUAACACAAUGUUAUUCAAAAAGAAUGGAAUAGGGUAUUGUAAAGAGACUUCAAAAAUUUUUCUGUUUACAAGUCUUUGUCAUAAACACAUACAUGUAUCCUGCAGAUAAUGUGGAUAUUCCAUUCUUCUGGAUGAACUAGUUGUGGUUAAGGCCGUCUGUACAUUAUCAUAAAGCAUUCUGACUUUCAUACUCUCGACAUGUAAAAAAGAAAGAAAAAAUUCUGUAAUAACUUUUUUCUUCUGUCAUUCUAUUCCUUUAAAAUUCACGUGUCAUUGGAGAAACUGGAUACUAAACAUGUCCCUGAAGUGGUGGACACUUGUUUCCUGAUAGUAGAACACCAUUAAAUUCACAUUUGCAUAUUCACCUGAGGAUUACAGAUUCCCAGUAGCAAGUUACUCGUUAAGCACAGGUAAGGUGUCUGUUUUUCUGAAGUCAUGGAAGACGGCCUAAAGCUCUUAAGCUUGUGAAUGUUUUGUUUGUAUGCUUGGGAUUUUACAUCAUACUUAACAGUCUUGUGAUGACAAGGGUUCAUUAGUUGUGUUUAAAUGUGUAGUACCUCUUGUGUGUUUGUUUUAGGAUAUAAAUAAAGUAUGUGAUGCUUACAGUAUGUCACCUGUAUCUAAGAGUUGUUUCCAUUGUUCCGCCUUUUUUCUCACAAUGUGCUUAACAAAGUUGGUACUUCAAGUCUUUAAUCAAAUGAAAAUU